AUGGAGCACUCCAUUCGUAUUUCAAUCCCUCGAACUUAUACUGAAAAUCAAGGUAGCCUUCUAUUUCGUUCCCACACAGUUUAUGAGGUCCGUAUUAUUAUCAACUGCACUUGCACACUCACAGCUUUCAAGCGGUAUACUCAAUUCUGCACUUUCAAAGAGGAAAUUUCAGGAGUUCUCAAGCGUUCACAAAUUUCGCUCCCAAAAUUUCCUGCAAAGUGUGUGUUCCAAAACUCUAAUGUAAUCUCAGAGCGUCGGAUUCUUUUUGAAGCGUGACUGAAAGCUAUUUCAAAAUGUUACCAAUUGACUCCAUACUUAUAUAUACUCUGCCAUAUCUAAAAAUUCUUUUGCUAUCCCUAGAAAAUAAGUUUAUUGUUUUGAAAUCAAUUAUGUCUAUAAUUAUUAUGCUUUAGGACGCCCAAGCGAGUAUAGAUUUUUAAAUAUUCAAGCUGAUCUUAAGGAUCCCCCCCUCAUUUGUCCAAUUUUCUAGUUUUUUUUUCUAACUCCCCGCCCCCCCUCCGUGAGUGAACAAAAAAAUUUUGUUCACUCACGGAGGGCGAUUAAUUUUUUUUUUUUAAAAAAUUUAUAUAUAAAUUUUAUAAAAAAGAUUUUUUUUUCGAAAUUUAAAAAAAUCCUAAUUCGCAAAAAUUGGAAAGCAAAAAUUAAUUUAAUUUAUAAAAUUUAUGUUUUAAAAAGCAAUUCGUUCAAAGUUAAAUAGAAUUAGCUCUAGAUUUCAUUAUGCUAAUUAUCAUUUAUAUAUCAAAAUUUUUUUCCAUAAAAAAUUUUUCUAUUAAAAAAAUUUUGUUCACUCACGGAGGGUGGGUUUUUGGGCAAAAAAUAGGGAUUUUUCUAAUGGUUUUGUUCACUCACGGAGGGGGGGGGAGUAAGAAAAAAAAAAUUUUCAGGACCUCAUUUGUCCCAAAAUCUAGUCAAAAAUGAUUUGUCCCAUUUUCUAGUCAUUUUUGGAUUUUUCGAAUGUCCUAAAUUUUAGUUUUUUACUGUAAAAAAACUAAAAAAAAUGAGUCAUUUGAGGUCCUAAAAAUUUUUUUUUUCUAUCAAAAUUUUGACUAGAAAAUUGGACAAAUGAGGUCCUAAAAAAAUUUUUUUUCCCUAUAAAAAAAACUAGAAAAAUGGACAAAUGAGGGGGGGAUCCUUAUAAGCCAAAUCGGUACUUGCUCAAGCCAACUUCCUACUCCUGACGAAGAGCUUAUUUUUGACUUCUCGAUUCGUCUAAACAAAGAUUCAAGGAACAAAACCAAAGCUCUUGAAGAUUUCGAGUGGGAAUUCUUCUCAAAGCGGCGAACCAUAAGGCCAGACUUGAUAUCUUUUCUCUUAAAAACCCUCAUUCCUUUAUGUGCACUUCGAAAUCUCGGCAGUAAGGUAAUGGAUGUGAUUACUAAAUUGACAUCAAGAGACCGACACAGAGAUUAUCAAGAAGUUAUCAAAGAGCUCGUAAAAAUCGAGCCUGAAUUGCUAUCAGAAAUGAGGCUAAAUGAACACCUGACUAAAAAAGUGCAUGGGGAAAGCCAAACACAAGCUUUUCAUAUACUUCAAAUUCUAGCAGAACAUUUAAGAAGUAGCCAAUCAGAAAAUAAGAUCAUGGAAAUUCUUAAUGAUGACCAAGAAGCCUUUGAUAUUUUUAGUAAUUGGGAAAACGAACAAAUAGUUUUCAAAAAGCCAGCCUGUGCCACGCAAUGCACAGCUGGGAUGUGGAGGCCUCUGCUAAAUGAAGAUAUGCAGGCGUGUUAUAGGCUUAUGAACCGCAAGCUAGAACUCAAUGCGGAAUUCAGCGUGGAAACAUGUAUUUCAAGACUCAUUGAAAUCGUUACAGUACCUCAUGAGCGGAAAAAAUGGGACUUGAGGCUUAUUGAGAUGGAAGAAAUGUGUUGAAGUGAUGGAACUUCUGGGUUUCGGAUGUUAUAUAUGUUUGAUAGAACCCCAAUAGAGUUUCACACUGUUUUAAAUAUUAUACUCCUAUAAUUUAAUUUGGAAAACAUAAAUUAUAUAUUGAAAAACAUUAAAAAGAAUUAAAACAAUGUUUAAUUCAAUUUGCCAUAGCAUACACAAUCUGAGUCCUUUGCCAUGGUUGAGUUUCAAUCUCGUCCUAACCUCAUGAAACCUCAAAAUGAUUUAAUAAUUGGUUCUUUUUCUUCAUUUUACCGAUUUGAACUUGUCAAUGCACCCAAGUCAGCUCCCGCCAGCCCACAAAGCUCAAUCUCUACCGAUGAAUCAGACACCAACCAUAGCUCACUAAGUGACUACCUAGAAGAUCCUAUCUUCAAGCAAGAAGUAAAGUGUUCAUGGAAUUCUCAUUUUUGUGAGCAUUCCACAAAAAUGCUUCUUGCCGACUUAUGCUCAGAAAGCAUCUUACUCAAAAAUUCCAUGCUUUCUAUGAUUCGGAUUGUAGAAAACAAAGAAGAGUUGAGAUGUGGGUUUAACGGAGACUACCGUUUAGUUGACGCAUAUGAUAGAAAAAAGCUUAUCCCCAUCUAACGAAUAGCCAUCCUUCGAUCAAGGAUAGAGGUUUAAAAAAUUUCUGGGAAAAUAUAUGAGAAAAAUUGCUGCAUAUGAAUAUUUUGUCAUUAACCAUAAAAAGAGUAUGUAAUAUUUUACUUAAAUAGCAUUAGAAUUGCGUAGAAGAUAUUAUACGAUAUAAAAUUCUAAAAUCCAUUACUAAAAAUGGGUAGACAGUUAGAUUUAAGGCUGGAUAGGGAGUGGACUUGAUUUUAGCAAUAAAAAAUCGCUGAUUAAAAAUGGGAUUAAUUUUCCCAAUUGCUAUAAAGUUUUCAAAUUGUCGCUUGAUUAAAGAUGGGGAGUUAGGAAGCUGUCAGACAAGCUAAGAAAUUCUAAAAGAUAG